AUGCUCUAACAUAUGAUAGCAAACCAAAAAAUCAGGAUAAAGAUGAACAAAGUCGAUAAUGUUUUGAAACAUUUUGUUUUUGGCUGCUGACUUGCCAGUUGAUCACACAUAGGAUAACACAAACAGGAACAGAGGAGUUGAAUUCCCUUUAAGAAAUGGAGUCUCGAGUUUAUACUACUUUUUUUGAACCAUAAACUCACGGGUAUGCUCUGAACCUCAGUAUGAACUCAUCUUCUUUUUUUUCAGCUUGCCAAAAAGACCUACUUUUGUUAAUGAUAUUAGAAAAAGACCAUGGAAAUCUCACAAUACUGUCUCCUUUCUUCUCAAGUCUUGUCCAUUUUUUAGCAAUUUAUAUCCACAGAAUGUCGAAAUUCACGAUACAAUUUCAGGAACAUGCCUUAAAAUACUGUAAUGUGGAUGGAGAACUUGUGAUAUUGUAAGAAAUAUAAUUUCGAAAAUAUGUAUUCAAGAUUUUCUCAGCUGAAUAGAUUUUGCAUGAGGUUUUUGUUGCAUUUUACUUCUUGCAUGUAAAAUUUUACUCAAUAGAUUGACUUAUGUUUGUGAAUCAGUUCAUGCACUUCUUGAAAUCAAGUCAUACAUAUAGAAGGAAACUCCAGUGUUUUAAUGGUGUGUUUUGAUCCCCUGUUUUAUGCAAUUAGUACUAGAGUAGAGCUAGUUCUUGAUGGCCAAGUCAUGUUUUAAUCCUUUUGGGCUGCGUAAAUCGAGGAGCAGGCCCUUGUCAUUGCAUUCAUCUUCUAGACUGCAGUUGAAUACUGACAUGGAAAACAUGGAAAGAAGGAGAUUUGAUAGUUUGGAGUCAUGGUCAAUGAUUCUUGAUUCUGAGAAUGUUGAGACUUGGGAAGUUUCCAAGGAGGAUCAAGAAGAAUGGACAGCUGAUCUUUCUCAGUUGUUUAUUGGUAACAAAUUUGCUUCUGGUGCUCAUAGUCGGAUUUAUCGGGGUAUUUAUAAGCAAAGGGCAGUUGCUGUGAAAAUGGUUAGAAUUCCAACUCAUAAGGAGGAUACAAGAGUGUUUCUUGAGCAGCAAUUCAAAUCAGAAGUUGAUUUGCUUUCGCGGCUGUAUCAUCAAAAUAUAGUGCAGUUCAUCGCAGCUUGUAAGAAGCCUCCAGUGUAUUGUAUCAUUACAGAAUACAUGUCUCAAGGGACUCUACGUAUGUACCUCAACAAAAAAGAGCCAUACUCCCUUUCAACCGAAACUAUUUUGAGGUUAGCCCUGGACAUCUCCAGAGGGAUGGAGUAUCUUCAUGCACAAGGGGUGAUCCACAGAGACCUCAAAUCCAACAACUUGCUUCUAAAUGAUGAGAUGCGUGUGAAAGUUGCAGAUUUUGGCACGUCGUGUCUGGAGACACAAUCCCAGGAGUCAAAAGGUAACAUGGGAACAUAUCGUUGGAUGGCUCCAGAGAUGAUAAAGGAGAAGCCUUAUACGCGUAAAGUGGAUGUGUAUAGUUUUGGGAUUGUCUUGUGGGAGCUCACAACAUCUUUGCUUCCUUUUCAAGGGAUGACCCCUGUGCAGGCUGCAUUUGCGGUUGCAGAGAAGAAUGAGCGACCACCAAUUCCUGCAAGUUGUCAGCCUGCACUUGCACACCUUAUAAAACGAUGCUGGGCUGUAAAUCCCGCCAAGCGCCCUGAUUUCAGUUACAUUGUUUCUGCACUGGAGAAAUAUGAUGAAUGUGUCAAAGAAGGACUUCCACUUGCUCUCCACUCAGGACUCGUCAGCAGAAAUGCGACUCUUGAACGCUUGAUAGGCUGCGUAUUCUUAAGCUCCUCAUCUUCAUCAGUCCCUGUACAUUCAUGACUUGAUGGACAAGCAGAGGUCGGAAACUAGAUCAAUGUUCUCCAUUUACAAGGUCACUGUGACAGAUUAGUCCACUGAAACUUGAGUAAUUCACUGUUAUGUAUUUACAGCUAUGGUGAAUAAAUUUAAGAAUAUUUUCGA